GAGUCCAAGAGAGGACGUCUGUUGGCCACCAUGACUCCUCUUUUUGCUGUCGCGGUACUUACGUAUAUUGGGCGUAUGUACACCCGAACACGUCCGGUGGUGAACCUUCGAUGGGACGACUUCGUCAUGUCGCUGGCGGUAGCUCUCACCAUCGUCCAUUAUGGUUUGGCGGUUUAUGCUUUCAACCUUGGCGCUGGACGACAUUUCUACUACCUGAAGCCGCCGCAACUGGAGACUGUGGGGCGCACGUUGUUUAUCUUGAAUAUUAUUUGGACAUGGUGCAUCACGUUUGUGAAGGUCUCUGUUACCCUCAUGUUAUACCGUACCCGAGGGGACAAGGCGUGGCGACUCUGGCUGUCGGGGUUCAUGGGCUUCCUUGUCGUUAUAGGCAUUGUAAUCACUGCUCUACAUUUGGGCCAGUGCAAGCCUGUACGCGCCUUUUGGAAUCCACUCAUACCAGGAGCAAAGUGCUGGUCCAAUGCAAUUGCUGUAAAUGUGCUCCACGGUACCUCUGCGUUCUUGCUGGUAACCGACAUUGUCUUAUCGCUGUUACCCUUGACAUUUAUUGUUAAACUUCAGCGACCAAGGCGUGACAAAAUCGCCAUUGGCCUGCUUAUGGGCCUCGGUCUCGUCGCCUCAGGAACGUCCAUUGUCAAGAUAAUUCGCACACCCAUACUCGGCACAACCAAGGACCCGAUAUGGGACCUUCCCGACCUCGCAAUAUGGGCAUGGGUUGAGCUAUAUAUAGGCAUAAUGGCAGCCUGCAUACCAUGCCUGAAGGCACCCUUCGAAAGGUUGCUGAAGAAGACGGGC